AUGGCCAACUCAAAGAUUAUAGCUGUUGCAUUCUUGGUGUUGUUUAUCGUCGACCUUUCUUUUGCUGCUAGAUCUUCUAAGAAGAUAUAUGGUGAAGGAGGAGGAGGUGGUGGUGGUCAAGGAGGAGGAGGAGGUGGUGGUUCUGGUAUUGAUGAGUCUGGCCAGGGUUCUGGGUCAGGCUAUGGGUCAGGGAGUGGCUCUGGAUAUGGAAGUGGUAGUGGGGGUAAGGGAGGAGGUGGCGGUGGAGGUGGUGGUGGAGGUGGUGGCGGAGGAGGUGGUGGAGGGUCAGGGAAGGGUAGUGGAUCAGGCUCAGGCUAUGGGUCUGGAAGUGGUUCAGGAUAUGGUUCAGGUGGAGGAAAGGGCGGUGGCGGCGGCGGUGGAAGUGGCGGAGGCGGUGGAGGCGGCGGAGGGAAUGGUUCAGGAAGUGGUUCAGGAUAUGGCAGUGGUAGUGGCUCUGGAUAUGGAAGUGGUGGUAGGAAAAGUGGAGGAGGUGGUGGUGGAGGCGGGGGAGGAGGUGGCGGCGGAGGCGGUGGUGGGAGUAAUGGGAAAGGUUCAGGAUAUGGGAGUGGGUCUGGAUACGGAGAGGGAUCAGGAUACGGUGGUGGUGAUUACGGUGGCUAUCAACCAUAAACUAAAUUAUUAUUCACAAAUUUAAUUCCGCAUAUUAAUCAAUCAAAGGCAUUAGUAAACCAUAUAUAUAAUAAACUGCAUCAGAUUCACGAAACAUUUCAUUGUUGAAUUUGCAUGCAUGUACCAUUACUCAUGUUCUGUAUUUUGUUAUAUGUUGAUAUAAAAGCAAAGAUGUUUCUA